ACUUAGACGCUGCUGAUAGUGAGUGACGAGAGGCUGGUUUAUUUUUGGACAGGGCAAAAACACAGUGGUUCUAAACCUGUAUUUGGUUAGAAUAUAACCUAAGGAGUUCGAGCUUGUUUCAUCAUCCUUUGGCCAAAAGUAUUGUCUUCCCGUAGGACGUGGAGCGUAACGCAACGGAGUUCCGCGCCGCAAUAAAGGAGCCCUGGUGCAAAUGUUUAAGUCUUUUCAAGACUGUUUAUGAUCUGUGACCGUGAUGUUUUGUUGUUCCGCGAACCAACGUAUAAGUCUCGGACUUCUACGCUGGAGGUCUCUGGCAGCGUGUCCAAAUAACCUCCAAGACUCUUCCUUGUUGAUGCUGAAGGCGUUCUCGACCUCUCCCUGCUCUUCAACCAAGAAAGAGGCGAGCAAACCCUUGAAGCAGUGGACUCUUGUUGUUAACCCCUUCAGCAAAGUACGGGUUCAGCUCCAAUGUAACAUCUCCGUACGACCUCUGGACCCGCACGCUUUCCCCGAGGCGAACCGGGCCUUCAUCACCAUUCAUGGCACCAGCGCAGAUCAAGCCGUCCAACUAGACAACUUCCAGGUGCACUAUGAUGACCAAAACAGGGAACUGUCCAUCUCGUCCGAGGUCAAAAACAGCAACGUGUCAGUGGAGCUGACCGCUCCCAUCAAAAGCGACCUUUACAUCACCACUCAAGGAGAGGGCAACGUGCAUGUCCAGAAGAUGGAGUGUGAUACCUGCAGGGUGCAGACAGAGAGGGGGAAUUGUGUGCUGCACUCAGUCAAGGGUCACCAGGUGCAGGUUCAGUCCCAGGGGGGCAACGUCACUGGGGUGGGAACCAUCCAUGGCAAUGUGGACAUCAGCACAUCUGGACACAGUGCGGUGAAUGUGAAGAAGAUCCAGGGUACUACUAUGAACGUGUCGACAGAACAUGGCCCUCUGAAGGUGAAAGCCAUCUACGCUGAGUCCACCUCCAUAUCGUCCUCUUCAGGGAGGAUACAGCUGGGACACAUACAUGGCGAUGCCACAGUGCGGAAUGAGACUGGAGAUAUAAUUGUAGAUGGUUCUAACAAUGGCUACCUGAAGGUGUUGUCAAAGAGUGGAAACAUUGACGCAUAUGUAGGAGACCGUGGCAGUGCAGAACUCCACUCUCAGCAAGGUGCAGUGUCUGUGCGUGUCCCCUCCUCUAUAAGAGCAGGAGUGCAGCUGUGUGGAAUGUCAGUAGAGAUCAGCCCAGAGAUAGUCCUUCAGCAAGCAGAGAGAGAUUUCAAAGAUAGCAUGACUACUGUCACUGGUCAUAUGAAUGGGCAACUCCAGGGUGACCAGUGGAUCAGGGCCCAGGCAGACAGAGGCUCCAUCACCCUGAAGGCACAGAGCUGGUUUGAGUCUCUGAAGCUGGGCAGCUGAGGCUUCACUGCUACGCCCCAUUCCAAAAAUGUCCUACCUACCUCCUCUCUACCUACUGAACUAAGUCCUCAGGGACAAGAAGUGUAGACAUAACUAUCUCAUUGGCUGUGACUGUUGGGCAGAGUCCAACCACAGUUGUCUUUCUCUGUUACUGCUGAGCUGACAUAGGAGAGGAGAAAAAAAAGAAGAGAAAGUUGCCAAAGUGGAACUGGGAGACCGAUCAGUGAUACGAUGAAAUGAAUCGCCCUCUGGGAGCCUUGACACAUGCAGACGGAGAACCCCAUAUCUGUAGCAUUGACAACGGCUACUAGGCUUUAUUACGUGUCUAAAUGUAGUUGCAAAACAUGAUCGUGAUCAAGCCUAGUAGCCGUUGUCAAUGCUACAGAUAUGAUUUAAACUUGAUCAUGAAAUUCACCAAAAACUAUUGAUUAAGAACAGAAAUCAAUUAGAAUGUUUCUGCUUUAGCCAACUGUUGUCAUGAAAUGGCUCAAGCAUCAUUUUUUUCAAAUGUACCUUUAUUCAACUAGGCAAGAACAAAUUCUUAUUUUCAUUGACUGCCUAGGAACAGUGGGUUAACUGCCUGUUCAGGGUCAGAAUGACAGAUUUGUAUCUUGUCAGCUCGGGGAUUUGAACAUGAAACCUUUCCAACACUCUAGCCAUUAGGCUACCCUGCCACCCCAUGAAUCUAGUGGCAGCCAGGCUAGUUCAGUCAUUGGCUGUUUCUGAAUACCCUCGCUUGCGUUUGAAAUACAAUGUGAAAAUAGAAAGUUUGAUAGUAUGUGAAAUGUAAAUGUUUUAGCUUUCUUUUAAUGGCAGGAUGUAUAUUCAUUUUGGCUUUUCAUCUAGUAGAAUUCAUUACACACUAUUGAGGAAGAUAAUUGUCUUGUUUGUUAUGACAAACCAGGAGAACCUCACUCUUAAGACUUUCUGACCGUAGGGUUGAAACUGCAAAAUGUACAAAAUGUUUUGGGAUGCUUCGUAAAAGAAUGACAGUGUUUGUUGUUGCCUUUUAUUUUAAACUAUUCAUGGGGGGUUCAAUCUACUGUGGAAAAAAAAUACUGGGAAAAGUGUUGACGUGAACACUGACAAUUAAAUAAUUGAGGCAAUUUUGUUUUUUGAAUAUUACUUCAAUGCAAAACUGUUUUUGCUGUAUGAUGUAAAUGAAAUUCAAUAAUCUGUUGUAAUGCAUAUAAAAAAUCUAGAUCCUUUCUCCCACUCAGUUGAAAUGUUUUGAUGUAAAAGCUUUACAUAAAUGUAUAUAAUGCAUUGAUGUUCUGCUAUUCAACAAUAUUUCCUAGCCUAAAAAUAAUCUGUUUUGUGGUUAUUCAUCUUUGGUCAUCCGAGUCAGGUGCUUGACAUUGAGUAAAAGGUGCAGUGAAUGGUAGGGAUUUGGUUUACCUUAAAUUGGUAGUUGGAAUGUAUAUAUAAACUGUAUAAACUCA